AUGCAAAAUCCAGUUGAAGAAUCAACGAAUGGCGAUGAAACCCCUACCUAUGUGGCGACAACGACUGGAGACUCCGGCGAAAGGCUUGGACUCCUGUUGAAGUUUUUUGGUUUAUGGAUUAAGAUGAUGAUGAAGGUUGAAGAGAGUGAAGCAGUUGAAUACAGAAGUUCUGUUAUAACUGCAAAAGUUAGUUACAGAAAGAUGAAUCUGAGCCUUAGAUUUAGGAAGUUUGUUAUCACGAUGGAUGGUGAGGAUUACAUAUGGAUUGAAGUUGUUUCACUGUCAAAGUUGAAUUCUACUUCUGUUAUACUUGAACUGGGUGGACUUGUCGAAUCUGAAUUUGAAGCAUUGGUGGCUUGUAACAUGGUGGCAGUAGGAAACCAAGCUAGCAUAAGCAAGAGUGGACAAAAUAAUUAG